AUGGAAUUUACAAGCAUACCAGAUUUCCAAGAACUUAAUAAUGUUGGAAGCCAAAUAGUGAUACACAAUCAUUCGGCGCUCCUGAUGACAUAUUCCCUCCUUGUAGCCAUCAGAUCGCUUCUGGAGUGCUUGUCAUACCAAGAUGUGGCUCAAUUUUCUUUGGAAGACGAUAUAAAAUCAACAUUUACCAAUCCAGCUUUGUUUGACAGAAAAAUUAUGGAAACAAUAGAAAAAACAGAAACCAACAUUGAUGAGCUCCUGAAAAAGACCAAGAAGUGGGUGAAUUCUAUAGGCCUCACGGUAUAUAAUAAUGUAGAACUUAAUGAGUUUCAAGAAUUUCCAGAUUUUAGAUCCAAGGUCUACCCUUACUUUAUUUUUUCAAUCCAUAACCCUCAGUGUAGUGACGCCCGGAUGGUUUGGGAAAAGCUUUAUGAGAUUGUUAUAGAAUCUAGAAGAUCUCUAAACAUCUACGACAAUACGGGCAUCUGGAAGGAAUUAAUAAAGGUAAAAAAUGAAAUGCUAGAGUCGAAGGAGAUUGAGUAUCUUACUAAAAGGGUCUUUCUUUCAGCCCCUGUCUUAACUCCUCUUAGAUUAAUGGAUGGGGUGGAGGAUAUAUUGAACGGAAAAUACAAUGAAUGGAUAUUCCCAUACUUAGAGCUUUGUGGGCUGUUAUCCCUACUGAGCACAAUUACUUCGCCUAGGUAA